AUGGACACAGUCAAUAAAGAUAUGUUCACGUCUCCUUCACUGUCAGAUGAUGCUACGGCAAAUUCAAACGACGCAAAUAGUCAUGUAAGACAUGAAUCAUUUGCGAUUGAGGAUACUUUAGGAAACUGCAAGAAUAUCGAGAGGAAGCAAAACCAAGUUAAUAUAAACAUGUUCAGUGACAGCAAUGUAACGGAAGUCGCUAGAAAUAUCCAGGCAUUGCUUGCAGCUGAGAAGCAUAAAGAAUCAUUGUCAUCACUGCAAACUGAUAAAAACUUUAUUGAACAUGACUAUGCUGUUCUUGAAGAUCAAGUUGAGAUUAAAGAUCAAAUAAACAGUUUGAAUAUUUUGCACAACGCAAUUUGUUUAUGGCGAACUUAUAUCCAGUUGAGUAAAACGUUUGGAAAGAAAGUUGUCGAUUAUGAAACAAUUGGGAUCAACACUAGGAAUCCGGUGUCACAGGAGAUUCGCCCCCCCAGGAGAUUCGCCCCCCCCCUCUCAAAAGGGGGGCGAUAUUCCUAGGAUAUUUGCCCCCCCCCCGGGGCAAAUCUCCUAGGAAUAUCGCCCCCCUUUAGGAAUUUCGCCCCCCAUAUAAAUUUUGAAUUUUUGAUCUAUCAACGAUUGCAAGUUGAAAAGAUUGUGUGAUUUAAUUAUUUAUUUAUUUAUUACAAGGAGACAAACUUACAUAUACAUUUUAGGUUUCUUAGCAGCUGGUGGUGUGCACAGUCGGCAUAACCACUCAUUUGAGGUACUUAGACUGGUCUCAUAUUCUACACAUCUAAAGUAA